AUGGUCGCGUUUUUCGAUGAUUUACCUGAUCUAACAAUGCUCGAAAUAUUGUCUUAUCUAUCUUGUGCAGAUGCUUUAUGGACAUUCAGUACACUUAAUAACCGUCUAACAAUGUUAUUACUUGAACGAGGCGUCAAUCGUCAUGUUAAUUUGUCAUCUACUCAAUAUUAUCAAUUUCAAAAACUUUUACCUUUACUUCGAUUAAAUGAAAUAGAUUCACUUAUUAUUGACUGUUAUGCAUCAGCUCUUCAACUGACAAAAUGGCCCUAUUUACCUCAUUUAAAAAAAUUACAAAUAAAAGAAUGGACAUUACUAGAUAUGUUGACUUCGUCAAGAGUUAUGCCUAUUUUACGACGAAUGACUUUUUCUAUUGUUAUUAAUGCUGUUGAUCUGAAUCACAUGAAUCAUUCAGCCAUCUUCACUGACUACCGUCAUGUUGAUGUUCAUUAUGCAUUUAUUUUCGAUGAUAAUCGAUCACAUAGUGAACUUAGCAAAUUUGUACCAUAUGGUAGUCAAUCUCAUCCGCGAGAGAUAGCUAGUGGAACAUUUAUUUCUGAAUGUUGGCCUGAUAGUCAACCAUUCGAAACUCCUGGUGAAAAAUAUGUAAGUUAUAAUCCUUUGUAUAACCUUCAUUGUUCAUUUCAACAAUAA